AUGCAUAUGCCUUAUGGGACGCGAACGUUAAAAAAUAAUCAGAAAGCAAAGCUUGUCGCUGAUUAUCAAGAUUUAUUAAAAGAAUUAUCAACACAAGACAUAAAGUCUGUGGGUAAUUAUAUUCUAGAGGAUACAAUUGGUGAAGGAACAUAUGGAAAAGUAAAGCUAGCGACUCACAAGUUGACUGGUCAAAAGGUCGCCAUAAAAAUAAUACCUAAAAUUCACGCGGAAAAUCUAACUCGAGAGAUACAUCAUCAUCGAUAUUUACAUCAUCCUAAUAUCAUUUCCUUAUUCGAAGUUAUACCAACCGAAAACAAAAUUUAUAUGGUAUUAGAAUAUUGUGAAGGGGGUGAAUUAUUUGAUUUUUUAGUUAAUCGAAAACGCCUAAAAGAAAAUCUAGCCAGAAAAAUGUUUGGACAAUUAUGUCGGGCAGUUAAAUAUUGUCAUGACAGAAGAGUGGUUCAUAGGGAUCUUAAACUAGAAAACAUUCUUCUCGAUGCUCACAAAAAUAUAAAAUUAGGAGAUUUUGGUUUUACAAGAGAAUAUGAAAGUAAAAAAUUAUUAGAGACGAUAUGUGGUUCAACAGAAAUGCUCACCGGUAAAAAAUAUUCUGGCCUAGAAGUUGCCGACGACGAAUCUAUAUCUUCUCUAGAAGAGAAAAAUGAAAAGGAACCUAUGAAACAAGCAACGAUAAUACGAUCGGGAAAUAAUAAUGACGCAAUGAGUCAUCUUGAACGACAGCGGCAGGAAAUUUUUUUAGCGACGAAAAAACAAAAUAUACAAAACUAUUAUCCAACUGGAUUUAUUCGUAAAGGUAAUGACAUCGCGCCUUCUGCAUUUCAAACGCGAUUGGCAGGAAUGGCAACUGCGAUAGAUAAUGGUUCUACUAGUGCUUCUACAACUCGGAAAACUUUGGGACCUUCAACUUCAAAGUCAUCUAGAAGGUCUUCGAUUGAUAGUAAGACUUUUAAUGAAAAAAUAUUUUUUACAACUCCUGAAGAAAAAGAACUAUUAGAAAAACUUGAAGGUUUAGGUUUUGAUGUUCAAGCCAUAAGAAAUAGUGUUCUGGAUGGUAAUGUGGACUCUGCGAGUGGACUUUGGUGGCUUUUAUUAACAAAACUAAGAGAAAAAAGGAAGAUUGAAGGUGCUCAAAGUUCAGUAACAAUGGUGGACGUUGCUGUUGGUACUAGUGGGGAUGAGUUAGAAAUUGCGGAUGAUAUUGAGGAGGAACCUGAUAGUAUGGACUCACCUGUCGAUAGUAAUAGAUCAUCUCAAGAUGAUGAUUAUGAUGGAAAGAUAGCUAUAAAUUCCAUGAAAGUUCCAGAAAAGAUGCUACCACCUACACCACCACCGAAAACUUAUCACACAGCUCCAGCUUCACGCGAAAGACGAAAAUCUUUGAUCCUUUCACUGCCAGAGGCGGUUGAACCUGUUUUGACAACUAUUACUGCUACAGCAUCACCACCAUUGUCACCCAAAAAAUAUUCAUCUUUUACUAGUCCAUUAAGUUCACGGUCAGUAAGCCCUAUACCACAUAUAUCUGUCACUCCAAUAACAAUACAGCUACCUAACAAUAAAGAUAACAGAAAGAAAAGCAUAUUAUCAACAAUUAAAGGAUGGUUAGGUGGUUCUAAUCAGCAGCAGAACAAUAAAGAUUUGAAUAGCCCUUAUAAAAAAAGCGUGCUGAACUUGACUGAAAGUGGAGUUUUGGUUCCUGCUGAUGUCGCACGUUCACGAACACGUCUUAACAAGAGGAAUGAUAGUAAAACACCAUUAUCAUAUGAUAGUGCUAGUAACUAUAACAUUCGAAGAAGAUCAUCUUCGAUAUCUCGUGGUGGGUCAAUAAGAGACAAGAAAAAGAAGAAUCGAAAUUCUUUUCAGGGUAACAAAAGUCGUCGUUCAAGUACUGCGCCUUUGUCUAUUCCUCCUGUUACACCUUCUGUUGUUCUUUCAAAUAAUUCUCCAAUGGGUAUGUCACCUAUUCCCGGGACACCACCAGCGGUUAGGCAUAAAACCAUGUUUACCAUUAAUCGUAGAAACCCAUUUGCUUAUAAUACAGGAAAUUCAUGGGGGCGUAAACAAGUAAAACGACGGAGUACAGGAGGAAGUUCAAUUAGCAGCAUACAGGAAAAUUUGGAUGCUGAUGUUGGAUCAGGAUCAGGCUCAUCUGAGAAUGCUAAUAAUCAUCAGGAUAAGGACACUUUUGAAACAAGUGCGAUAGAGAACAUUUCUGAUGAUAUUGUAAAAAAUGAUACGUUAACUAUAGAUGGACAAACAAUAAUAAAUAACAACUCUGAACCGUCGAUAUCUAAGCAGAAGAAAAUAGAUGUACAAAAAGUAGAUGAGUCGUCACAUAAAAUAAAAGAGGAUGUGACCUCCAGUGAUGACGGUGAGGAAUCUGAUAUAUUUAUUGAUGCUUCAAGUGAAAUUGCAUCUCACCCACGAUCCCGUACGCCAUCACCAUCACAUUUUGCUGCUGCAUCCCCUUUAUCUAAUGAUUCACCUAUACUUAAACCCUACGGAACCAUCAUAAAUCCACUCACUUUUCCUUAUACCCUAUUCCAUAAUUCCAAUUUAACUUCUAUAAUAUCGUCGACACCAGUCUCCCCACCUUUAUCUCCAGCGGAUAGCAAUGCCGAAGUUUCACCUACAUUACCAAAAAAAGGACACCAACGUCUUAACUCAUUACCUACUACGCUGAAUUCAAGAUCAGGAGGGAAACAGAGGGACGUUUAUAUUCCACCUAUUGAAAAGCCGCAGGUUCCUACACAAUCAAUGAUGGAUUUUGUGUCCACGCCACCAGACUCACCAAAAUUGCCAUCACCAAUAAUAACGUCUUCCUCAUCAUCGACAGCACCACAUCCGCAUACAAACAGACCUUCACAGUUGCGCCACCAACAUCAUAGCCGUUCAUAUUCUUCCCCAAUUAUUGGAAACAAUAUAAAUAAUAGCAAGACUGAGGAUAUUACUUCGCAUAAUGAAACAUCCGAGAAAGAUUCUCCGCCCUCGCCGCCAAAUGGGCCCAAUAAUGCGAAGCUUCUUUCAAGUAGCCCUCUAAGCAAUCCACGGAGACCAAAUCUAAUUGCAACACCAAAACCUUCAGUGAUCGUGGAGGAAGAGGAAGAAGAGUGA